GAAACCAGGCAGAGAUUUCUACACAUUCUCCUCGGCAAGAGUGGCUCUAGGAUCCCAGGAACAACCUCCACCAGCAUACAAGAGCUUUUUCAACACUAUCCCAGUACUAUUGACCGUCAAAAACUUCCCUAGGAAGCAUUCAAUGUCUUUCAAGGAUCCCCACUGAAGGUGAUCACCACUAUCCAACAUACAAGGUGGAGAAGAUUCAAGAAAACAUAAUCUAAAGGUGGCAUUAAGCAUCAGUCAGCACUGAGGACCAUCUGUCAGCAGCCCCCAAGCGUCACCUCCUUCCCCCAAACCAGUCACCGGCACCUAAGAAAUUUUACCUUCCAUCACCAGAAAGGUACCAUGGCUAUGCUCAAGCUUUCGCUCAUGGCUUUCAGCUUUGUCUUCUGGGCAGCAGGUCUAACCAUGCUUAACAUUGGCAUCUGGGCCAAGAUUUCACUGGGCACCUACUUGGUGCUCUCCACCAAUGAAUACCCCAAUACUGCCUUCAUUUUGUUGGCUACUGGCACAGCUGUCGUCGUGUGGGGCUUUCUUGGUUGCUUCAGUGCUGCCACUGAACACCGCUGCCUGUUGUGCACUUACGGGGGCUUUCAGCUGGCUGUAUUGAUGGCUGGCUUAGCAGCAGGGCUCUCUAGCUUGUUUUAUCGCAAGGAUAUUGCAGAAGGUUUCCAGAAUGGGCUCCGGGAAGCCAUACGUUCCUACACUGAGGAUGAGGACAAGGCAGAGGCUCUGGAUUCUGUCCAGCGUGCCUUGAACUGCUGUGGGGUAGAGAGUUACCGUGAUUGGUUUUUCUCACCUUGGUCUAUGGAGCAACAGGCACCCAAUGUCUCAGUGCCCAUGAGCUGUUGCAAGGCACGCAAAGGUUGCCUGCACAGCCCUCUCCCUUUGGAUGCCUGGGGCAUUUACCGUGAUGGGUGCUUCAGCAAGGUCUACGACUUCGUCAUUGACAACAUGUUCUACAUUGCUACUGCGGCCCUUGGGCUGGCACUCAUGCAGGUGGUGGGCAUUGUGUUGGCUUGCCUACUGGCUGCUCGAAUUCUGCCCCGUGCUGAGCUAUCCAGAGGUGCCCUUCCACAUUGA